UUGUGGUAUAAAGAUCUGCGGUUUGUGGACACGAGCAGAGCAGCUGAGGCAGAGCGAACCAUUCCCUGCUAACCGUGAACCACUGCCCUGUUUAUGUAGGUAAACAACACUAAAGGAUGUGAUUUGGAAGUUUUAUUUUAUAGCUUACGUCCCGUUUCCUCACCAUGGCGCAGCCGGCGGAGAAAGCUUAUUAUCGCUUUGUGGUGCUGUUCUUCAACUGUUUGCUGACAUUUGGCUCCUAUUUCUGCUUUGACAUGCCCAGUGUUUUGCAGGAUCAAUUCCAAGGGAACCUGACAUGCCCCAAUGCAACAGUGAUCAAUGGGACAGUGGACUGUGUGGAGGGACUGGGGAUGAGCCCUCAGCAGUACAAUCUUCUCUAUGCCAUCUAUGCUUGGACGAAUGCAAUAGUGGUGAUCAUCGCUGGGUUCCUGAUCGACAAAUUAGGAAACCGCUUCGGCGUGUUUCUGUUCUCUUUCCUGUGUGUUUUGGGCUCUUCCCUGUUUGCACUUGGUUCCCACUUCAAAGGAACUCCAUAUCUGCUGCCACUAAUGCUCACAGGCCGACUGCUGUUUGGAUCGGGCAAUGGAUCUCUGACCAUCGUUCAGAACCGCAUCACAGCCUUCUGGUUUAAAGGGAAGGAGCUGGCCUUGGCCUUUGGCCUGACCCUGGCUUUCUCACGCCUGGGUUCAGUCCUGAACUUCUUCCUCACCCAGAAGUUUGAAGAAAGAUUUGGCAUGCAGUGGACACUCUGGGGCGGUGCGCUGCUGUGUGUGCUGGGCUUUGCAUCUGCCAUCAUAGUCAGUGCCUUGGACAAGAUUGGGAUGAGGCAGCUGGGUCUUGAUGGAGCCAUCCAAGAACAAUCUCGCAAAGUGAGGAUUCAAGACGUGAAACUCCUGUCGCUAAGAUACUGGCUGCUGGUUCUCACCAUCAUGUUCUUCUACAAUGGCAUCUUCCCGUUCAUUGCAGAUGCCAGUAAGUUCAUUCAGGAUAAGUACAAUGACUACAGUCAGAAGGAGGCGGCUUAUAUUGCCGGGGCAGUUUAUGACAGCUCAUUGGUCCUCUCAGCCAGUGUGGGCAUUCUCAUAGAUUAUGUUGGUCUGCGGGGCAUUUUCGCAGUGGCCUGUGCCGUCCUCACGCUGCCUGUGUUUGGACUCCUGGCGUUUACCUUCGUCCCUCCUCUGGUCUCCACCAUAUGGCUGGGAGUCACCUACUCCUUCGCUGCUGCUAGCAUGUGGCCGUCUAUCCCCCUCGUUGUGCCUCAGGCGACCCUGGGAACAGCCAUGGGUCUGGCCACCUCCAUACAGAUGGUCGGGAUUGGUGUGUCCAAUCUGGUUGUCGGACAGAUUUUAGGCACCAAAUCUAGCGAGACAAAGAUUCCAUUGUGGCGCUGGCAGAGGAUGAUGAUCUUCAUGUUGGCCAACACCAUCAGCUGCAUCAUCACCUCGGUGCUGCUCAACAUCGUCGACCACAGACAGGGCGGGACCCUGAACAAGACGACUAAGAAGUCGGGGGAAGCAGAGAGAGACUCAGACAGAGAGCCACUCAAUCAGGCAGAGGAGGAGCAAAAUGACGAUGAGGAUGACGGGGCUGCCCGAUCGCGUUCAAUCAACUCAUGAGUUGUUCAUGUUAAUACUUUCCCCAAGUUUGAACAUAUCUGUGCCAGUACCUCAAUGAAACCUCAUCACUUCUCCACACUGUGGUCUUUGGUUGCUACAGGAGAUGAUUGACAGAAUUAAUGGAUCCUUGUUAAACAGUAUUUAUACCCAAAUAUUAUCUAUAUGUUAUAAUAAAUAUACAGUGUUUUGAUUUUUAGUUGUUUUUUUUUUAAAUGUGGGUAAUUAGGGAAAAAAGUCUAAUUUCUCCCUUCAACCUUUUUGAAUUUUUUCUUUCUUUAAGCAGAAACACAUUUUAAUCCAUCCUAUCAACACUCAGCUAUUGACUUCACUGCCACAGCUGACUGUGCGGACCUUACUUGAGGUAACGAAAAUAACUUCAUUGUUGUGUAAAAAAUGCAUGUCGCAAAUGUAAUGUCUGUUUUUUAUGAUUUUCUCUCUAAUGAAACCGUGAAAUAUUUUUUAACUUCUCUGUAUGUUUGUGGUUGGAAGGGAAUUUUAUCUAUUUUACAUAAAACAGCAAAAAUAAAUGCUGUUUUUCAGUUUUGACUGUG